AAUGUACUGUAGACACUCUUAUUAAUUGCUCAGCUCCUAGAGCCAGGGUUUCGGAGGUCCCAAGCAAUCCCCUAUAGUUGCCUAACGGUAUGUCCCUGGUUAUAUAAUUCCAAUUCUUAAAUUGUUGCAUCAACAGAAAGGCUCUAGGCACUGGGUCAUAUGACCUCAAAUGACAUCAUCAAUGCCUCUGAUGUCAUCAAAGGCAGCAUGAUGUCACAGAGAUGAAAGAGUAAAAAGUUCUUAUAGUGGGGUGGUGGUUCCAGCAGUUUCACCACUAGUCUGAAGACCCUAGUUUCACUCAGGUUUCAGCGCUAACGCCUCCUUGAAAGCCAUGUUUCGAUUACUUUGCAACAUUGUAAGGAAAGUCUUUUUUCUUGAUGAAAACCCUCCAAACCCUACAUCCUCCUGUGACAUAGAAAAGGAGAGUGUGAAAUCUCCAGAUGGUGCCAAAAUCAGACUAAAAGGCACCAAAAGAAAAACCUCUGAGGAUGACAAAGAAUCUGGAUCGCCAGCAAAGAAAAGAAGAGAACUCGAGUACCCCUCCCAAAUUGAUGAAUCCCCACCCUCUAAGCUUGUUGGUCGCAGAAAGAGAAAGGCAUGUGAUCUGGAACAACAAUCAAGCAAAAGAAGGAAAGAGAGCACAGAUGAAGACGCUGACCCAAAGCUUCAAUUUGAGGCAAAAUAUGUGGAACUGAAUCCACUUGGUGAAGGUGGUUGUGGAUCUGUGUUUGCUGGCUAUCGCAAAUCUGAUAAGUUAGCAGUCGCCAUCAAACACAUCCCAAAUGAUAAUAUUCUUUGCCGACAUAUUGAUGAGAGUGGACGAGAAAUCUCGGUGGAAGUGGCUGUAAUGCUAAAACUUCAGUCUACAACAUCAAAUUCAGCCGGCAGCACAGCACCUAUCGCCUUGCUAGACUGGUAUGUGCUGCCAAAUGAGCUGAUUCUAGUCUUAGAGAGGCCAAUGCCAGCAUCGGAUCUUAUGUCCUACAUCGACCAACGUGGAGGUUCACUGAAAGAAAAGGAAGCCAAGAUUAUUCUCAAACAACUGCUAGAAGCAGCUAUUUACCUUCAGGAUGAGAAGAUUUUCCACAGAGAUAUCAAAGUGGAAAAUAUCUUGAUAGAGACUUGUUCAGGCGCCCCUCGAGUUCGGAUCAUUGACUUUGGACUCAGCUGCUUCACAGAGAGAGAUUCAAAUCAUGACAUCUUCUACGGCACUGAUUGUCACGUCCCUCCAGAAUGGCAGUUUCGAUGUGAAUACAGCGCUGGACCCACAACAGUGUGGCAGAUGGGAAUCGUCCUCUUUGAAUGCCUCCAUGAAAAAUCUUUCAAGACAGCUAGUUUCUUAAGAAGAAAGACAAAAAUCAACAACAGACUUUCUAAACCCUGCAAAGAUUUUUUGAGGCAGUGUUUCACCAAAGACCCAACUGCGCGCCCAACUCUG